AGAAAGGAAGGCGAGGACCGCCUAAGAAACUUGGCUCGGCAGCCAGAGACUAUUUCCUCCCGAUUCUCCGGCUGCCAAUCCAAACUGUUCUGCAGAGGGCCGGUGCAUACUGGGGAGAGAGGCUGCUUAUUUCUCUUCAUCUGCUGGACCAGGAGAGAUUCCUCCGGACGGAGUCUCUGAAACUAUGCUUUGCAUUUGGCCUCUGCUUUUUAUUUUAAUGCUGAAUGGACAAGGAUUGGUUGCUGCUGAUCCUGUCACAGAUCUCCCAGGGAGUUUGGAGCAGAAUGACUGGUGUGAUGACCACAAUACAAUUCAUAAGCGCUUAGAUACUAUCCAAGAGGUGGAAAAGACGGUUGAUGUUCUUGACUCUGAAGUCAAGUCCCUGCUCAACACCAUAAGUGAAACUGCAUGGAAUGUUCCUCUUGCUCCUGGAACUCCCUUGAUGGAUAUCUUUGAAGAUACCAGUUGAGCUUCAAGAAGACGGACCAAAGGAACAGACUGUAAUAUCUAUAUAUCUAUACCUGCAUAAUUAACCCCAUAUUGCACUCUUUCAUAAGUUUCCAGACCAGACAGAUGUCUUCAGACUUGGGAUGGGCAGUGUUCCAUCACAAGUUCCUCUGUAGUGUUAUGAUCUAAUCAUACUGACGCAUAAUACCAAAAGAGAAGUUUUCUUCCCACCUAUCCCGAAGAUUUAAAGACUCCUAAAAUUGUUUUAAAAGAAUCCUCACUGCAAGGACCCCUGCGGAGAAGUUAAAUGUCCCGGAAAAGUCCAGCUGUCUGGUGGUAAAGAAAAAGGAGCAGAAAUUAGUAGAGGUACUGUUGGAAGUUUUCAUGGGGUACCUGGUAGUCUCCAAAACUGGGUUGGCAUCUCUGGUCACAAAGAAAUUUUUGUUGUUAAUUGAUUGCUCAAAUUUUAGGAUGGUUAACCUGUUAACUAGCUAACCUGCAGCACUGGUGCUACAAGGGAAAAUAAGCAACAGGUGCUUAUGGUGCUCCUGGAGAGUAGGGGCAGGAAAGCGUGUGAGCCUGGCUGCGGCACAGUCAAAUAUACAGCCUUGCUCACAAGCUUCCUAGAGGCAUCUAAUGCUGAUCAUUGCUGGAAGCACCAUGGUGGGAGUUUUGGUCUGGACCAGCAAGACUUCCAGUCUGGCAGUACUCCCCAGCUGAAACACCUUGUGAAAGCGCAUUGAGUGCCUAACUACUGAGGGGCAUUCUCUUAACUUCUGGACUUGUUGCACAUGGUUCCAAACUUCUUGAAAUAUCCAGUGUUGGAAACAGGAUGCAGAGCUCAGUGGCCCAGGAAUGGGUUUGUUGGUAACACUCUGUCCUCGUGUCUUUGCCCAAGCCUUUCUUAUAAAGGGACAAAUCACCAACGAGCCACAGUGAGCAGCCUAAGUGGAAUGAUUUCAUGUUUUAUGUAGAAGCUAGAAGCCCUCUGCAACAUUUGCUCAAGAAACUGCCUGAUGGCGCUUAAGCUCAAUAGUCUGAUUUGCCUGAGACACGGCCCAUUCCCCGAGGGGAGCCAUCCAUGGUUGAAGCUAAAUAUCCCAAAGGAAUGAUGUCAACAUGGCAGAAAUAAGAACACUGAUGCAGGAGGCUUGGAUACUAAUUUGGUUUAUUUGUACAAAUCUUUAAAAAAAUUAUAUAUUUGAUUUUAAGGUAGAAUUCUACAAAAACACGCAAAGAGAAAAAGCUUUGGCAUACACUCAGAUUG